AUGACACUCUUACUGCGACAUUUUCAUAUUAAAACUGAACCAAGCGGCGGAUACGAUGUGCUUCCACCUGAUCAUGAUCAAACACCGGCUGCCGAUUUGGCGAGAAUUAAGUUCUAUAGAAACUUAAUAGCUCACUCAAAAGACGGAACAAUUGAUGAAGAAUGUUAUGAGGAGGCGUGGAGACAUUUAUACAGUGUAGUAGACAGAUUAGGCGACGCUCAUUUAAAACAAGAUUGUGACCUAUUAGGACGAGUAGAUUUGAAUAUGGCAUACAAGUCCCUGUGCGAAGAACUUUCAAGAAAUAUAGAAACACUGAGAGAACAUGCAUCUGCACUAGAAUCUAGUCAAGACCAGCUGACCAGUGAUUUGAUAAAACAGGAAAAGAUUUCAAGAAUAAAUGAGAAUAUAAUUAAACAGUUAAUAGAAGAUAUCCAAAGUAAAAAUAAGGAAGCGGUAUGCAUUUUGGAAACACGUAUGAACAAUCUCAAAAUACAACUAGAUGGCAUGUUAGACCAUCUCAAUACCCAGCAAAGUGCUAUUCCAUGUUAUAUGAAAGCAAAAAUAGUGCGUCAGAUAAAAACAUGGAUUGAUGACGAGAAGAAGUAUGUUAUUAUCGAUGCUGAAAUGGAUGCGGUAGAUCUCCUAAAGAAGCAUUCUUUUUUGACAGUUGCUGGAAAUGCAGGUUGUGGGAAAACCGCUUUUAUAAGACAUUUAGCACUACAUUUUAUGGCACAAGGUUAUGAAGUAGUUCCAGUUAUAGAGCCAAAAUCUAUUGUAGAAUACCAUGAUGAAACUCGAAAACAAGUGUUUGUUUUGGAUGAUGUCUGUGGGGUUCAUACAGUAGAUCAACAGAAACGCGGGGCUUGGAAAGAAGGAUACAUGUUAUUCUUCACCAAAGAUGACAAUUUCAAUAAGUUGAUAUAUAAAAAAUUUAAUUCUGAUGUUCAACCGAUAGUUACCAAAUUAUUUCAGAAUAGAGUAGAGUUUCAGUGUCCUCUGUUUCCACUACAACAAACUAUUGGUGAUGAGAUUCAAGGUCGCAUGAAAGUACAGCCAACAUGUAUUGCAUUAGCAGCAAAACUUGGCCAUGAAUCCGUUGUUAAUCUGUUAUUACUAAACGGUUCUAAUCCAAAUAAAAUCAAUAUCCCAUCGAAUAAUGUUGCCAAAUUACGUACUGCUUUACCAGUAGUUUACGCAGCUAUGUAUGGGAGAUUAUCUAUUGUACGAAAUCUGCUCCAGAAUGGUGCCCAUAUUGAAUCCACUGGCCCAAUGGGGUGCACGUUAUUGAUAUUUGCGUCUAGUUAUGGUCAUUAUGACUUAGCCAAAUUCUUACUGGAUAAACAUGUUGAUAUAAAUGCUACAAACAUGUUUCAAAACACUGCUUUAUUGUAUGGAUCUAAAAAGGGACAUACUAAUAUUGUUAAUCUUCUUCUCGAAAAUGGUGCGUUAACAAAUACUGUAUGCAACAAAUCAUCAACGCCAUUGAUAGAAGCUGCCAGUGGGGGGCAUCUAGAAAUUGUUGAGAAAUUAUUGUCAUGUUUCUCAUCUGUAAAUGCUUGUGAUAAUAAAAACAUGAACGCUUUAACAAAAGCCGCCAAAAAUGGUCAUUACAUAAUUGUAGAAAGACUUAUUGAAAACCAAGCUGCUGUAAAUAUUCCAACACAUAAAAGUGAAACAGCGCUGAUGAUUGCCUGUAGAAAGGGACAUUCAAUGGUGGUUUCAAUUUUAAUAAAACAUAUGCAUGAAUGUUUAAAUAAUCGGUAUAUCAUCAUGGAAAAGGAUUGUUCCACACUUGAAAUUGAAACCCGUAUUGCUUUUUCACAAUUACCCUAUGGAUUUUUCUCCCCAUCAAUUGCUGAAGAAAGCGAGGAAAUGAAUCAAGCCUUGUUGGUUGCUUAUGAAAACAAACGUAUUGCUAUAAUGAAAUUCUUACUUGACAAUGGCGCAAAUGUACAAAUAGAACGUUGUACCUCUCUAUCUUUGUUAAAUGCGGCGGUAUCUAAGGGUGAAUAUGAAAUCGUAGACUUGCUUCUGAAAAAUGGAGCACAGGUACAAAAAAGAGCGAACUUUGGUAUUCCAUCUCUAACGCUUGCUUCAAAUAGAGGACACACAGACAUUGUAACCGUUUUGUUGAAAAACAAUGCAAAUAUAAACUCUAAAGCAGAUCGUCUAACAAUCCCUUUAACUUCUCAAGAGAACAUUUGGUUACAACAGAAACGGAACAAAUCAGAUUUAAAUAAUAUAGAGACCGACAAUGGCGGUACUGCCUUGAUCUAUGCAUCGCUUAAUGGUUCUUUGGAAUUGAUAAACUCCUUAUUACAGGACAAAAACAUCAAUAUAAACUCGCAGACAUACAUGGGAAGAACUGCUUUAAUGAUUGCGUGUGGGUCAGGCAGGGAGGAUGUCGUCGAAUUACUACUGCGGUACCACCCAGAGUUGAACAUACGAUCGAAACUAGGAGCAACUGCUCUUGAUAUUGCAUUUAUGAGCAAAAUGGAAAGCACAAAUAUAGUACGACGUUUAAUACAAAAUGGAGCUACCCGGAGUUCUCGAAGACAUGAUUUAAAAACUGAUAUGCAGAAUUAUAAUAAAUUAGAUAAAACUGAUUUAUCAUUUUUUGUGAAUAAUUCUGAUGUUAGUCGUUUAUGUGGUUUGUUGUACUGUGCAAUUAAGUUACAACUGCAGAAAUUAUAA